GGCCGGACGUGGUGGGAAGCUCGGGCAGCUUUUGCAGCCGCUGCUCUCGGCGUGGGAUCGCCCCUGGGCUUCCCUUAGCCUUUUCACCAUGGCAGGUCCAAGCCCGGGCGCGACGCUGGAGUCCCCCAGGCAGCUGUUGGGCCGCGUGCGCUUCCUGGCGGAGGCAGCGCGAAACCUCCGCGCGGGGCGGCCACUGCCGGAGGCGCUGGCCUUCGUACCGCGCGAGGUGCUCUACAAGCUUUACAAGGACCCGGCGGGACCGUCGCGCGUGCUACUGCCGGUGUGGGAGGCGGAGGGCCUUGGGCUGCGUGUGGGUGCCGCCGGCCCGGCCCCCAGUACGGGCUCCGGGCCUCUCCGCGCUGCCCGCGACAGCAUCGAGCUCCGGCGCGGCGCAUGCGUGCGCACCACGGGAGAGGAGCUGUGCAACGGCUACGGACUCUGGGUGAAGCUGACCAAGGAGCAACUGGCAGAACACCUGGGCGAAUGCGGGCUGGACGAAGGCUGGUUGCUGGUGUGCCGCCCGGCGGAAGGCGGGGCCCGCCUAGUGCCCAUCGACACCCCCGACCACCUCCAGCGGCAGCAGCAGCUCUUCGGUGUGGACUACCGGCCAGUGCUCAGAUGGGAGCAAGUAGUGGACCUGACAUACUCACACCGCCUUGGAUCGAGGCCUCAGCCGGCAGAGGCUUACACUGAAGCUGUACAAAGGCUGCUCUAUGUGCCCCCAACAUGGACCUACGAGUGCGACGAGGACCUGAUCCACUUCUUGUAUGACCACCUGGGCAAGGAGGAUGAGAACCUGGGUAGCGUGAAGCAAUAUGUGGAGAGCAUAGACGUUUCCUCCUACACGGAAGAGUUCAAUGUGUCCUGCCUGACAGACAGCAAUGCAGACACCUAUUGGGAGAGUGAUGGAUCCCAGUGCCAGCACUGGGUACGGCUUACCAUGAAGAAGGGCACCAUCGUCAAGAGGCUGCUACUCACGGUGGAUACCACAGAUGACAACUUUAUGCCUAAGCGGGUGGUGGUCUAUGGGGGUGAAGGGGAUAACCUGAAGAAGCUGAGUGACGUGAGCAUUGACGAGACCCUGAUAGGGGAUGUCUGUGUCCUAGAGGACAUGACCAUCCACCUCCCAAUCAUCGAGAUCCGCAUCGUUGAGUGCCGAGACGAUGGGAUUGACGUGCGUCUUCGAGGGAUCAAGAUCAAGUCAUCUAGGCAGCGGGAACUAGGGUUGAAUGCAGACCUGUUCCAGCCAACCAGUCUGGUGCGAUACCCGCGCCUGGAAGGCACUGACCCGGAAGUACUGUACCGCAGAGCUGUUCUUCUACAGAGGUUCAUAAAGAUCCUGGACAGUGUUCUGCACCACCUGGUACCUGCCUGGGAUCACACCCUGGGCACCUUCAGUGAGAUUAAGCAAGUUAAGCAGUUCCUGCUGCUGUCACGCCAGCGGCCCAGCCUGGUGGCCCAGUGCCUGCGCGACUCAGAGAGUAGCAAGCCCAGGUUCAUGCCACGCCUGUACAUCAACCGGCGCCUUGCUAUGGAGCACCGUGCCUGCCCCUCGAGGGACCCUGCUUGCAAGAAUGCGGUCUUCACCCAGGUUUAUGAAGGCCUCAAGCCCUCUGACAAGUAUGAGAAGCCCCUGGACUACAGGUGGCCCAUGCGCUAUGACCAGUGGUGGGAGUGUAAAUUCAUUGCAGAAGGCAUCAUUGACCAAGGGGGUGGUUUCCGAGACAGCCUAGCCGACAUGUCAGAAGAGCUGUGCCCUAGCUCGGCAGACACCCCAGUGCCUCUGCCCUUCUUUGUGCGCACAGCCAACCAGGGCAAUGGUACUGGUGAGGCACGGGACAUGUACGUGCCCAACCCCUCCUGUCGGGACUUUGCCAAGUACGAGUGGAUUGGACAGCUGAUGGGGGCUGCCCUUCGGGGUAAGGAGUUCCUGGUCCUGGCUCUGCCUGGCUUUGUGUGGAAACAACUCUCUGGUGAGGAGGUAAGCUGGAGCAAGGACUUCCCAGCUGUGGACUCCGUGUUGGUGAAGCUCUUGGAAGUGAUGGAAGGAAUGGACAAGGAGACAUUUGACUUCAAGUUUGGGAAGGAGCUAACAUUCACCACAGUACUAAGUGAUCAGCAGGUGGUAGAGCUGAUUCCCGGGGGUGCAGGCAUCGUGGUGGGGUAUGAGGACCGUUCCCGUUUCAUCCAAAUGGUGCAGAAGGCACGGCUAGAGGAGAGCAAGGAGCAGCUGGCAGCUAUGCAGGCGGGUCUGCUGAAGGUGGUGCCACAGGCUGUGCUGGACUUGCUGACCUGGCAAGAGUUGGAGAAGAAGGUGUGCGGGGACCCUGAGGUCACUGUGGCUGCUCUCCGCAAGCUUACCCGGUUUGAAGACUUCGAGAAGUCUGACAAGCGGGUGCAGUAUUUCUGGGAGGCGCUGAACAAUUUCACCAACGAGGACCGGAGCCGCUUCCUGCGCUUUGUCACAGGCCGGAGCCGCCUGCCAGCACGGAUCUACAUCUACCCAGACAAGCUGGGUUACGAAACCACAGAUGCACUACCAGAGUCUUCCACCUGCUCUAGCACCCUCUUUCUACCACACUACGCCAGUGCCAAGGUAUGUGAGGAGAAGCUCCGCUAUGCUGCCUACAACUGCGUUGCCAUUGACACGGACAUGAGCCCUUGGGAGGAGUGAGGCAGCGCCAGGGACAGCUACAGCCCAGCAGACCUGCCCAGUCCCACUUGGCCCCGGCCAAGGUGAAAAUGUCUUCACUGGACCAGUUUGGGUCUGCACUCCCCGAGCUGACAGCUCAGAGAAACCCAGCACAUACCACUCCUGUCUGCGGUUGGGGUGGGGAGGGUGGCUUGAGACUGGUGCCCCAGCCCUGCAGAUCCACAAGGCCAUCUCAUACUGGGCUUGCCUCUCAAGGCAUCUAGCGUCUGUGAGAGGGACUCUUCCACAAGCCUAGCACAAGCUGCCCAGGCCUGAGCUACUUAAAGGGGGCUUUCUAGCCCCUGACCCCAUGGAUUUGCUUUCAUUUUGGCUCCUCUUUUUUCCAGCUAGUUUCUCUCUGGCUUUAGCCUGACUGAAAACUAAAAACAUCGAAAGGUGGUAGAGGCCACUCCCCAUGAAAGGAACCAGGGAUGGGUAGGGAGUAGUGGUCCAUUUUCCUUGGUCACCUACCCCAAGAAUGAAGCAAAAGCUGAGCACGCCAUCUCUCACAUAGUGGUCUUUUCUCCUUUCCGUCCACACCUGAUGCAUGAGCUCUCCUUUCUUCCAACCCAGUCUCAACUGACAAAGUGCUACCACUUUCCCUGGCUCAGAACCUACAUCCAUUUGAAUUCAAUUUUCUACUACCACUACCACCCCAUAUUCAUCAUAUUCAUCAGCAUCAUCUCCAGCCUGACUCCCAUCUGCAGUCUCACCCCCAAGAUUUUGCACAGGUUAUGGCCAAUUAUGUCCUACUCCAAAACCUUGAUAGCUCGUCCUUAUCUAACUUAAAACAAGGCCUAAACUCUAAAACUGCUCCUAGGGCUAUGCAUGUCCCUGCCCCGGUCCUUUCUCCCUUUAGGGCCUCCAUGACACUCCUUCAAAAGCUCCUGCACUUGGGAAACUUUAAUAAAUGGAUUAAUUCAU